CCUGUGAUUCUUUUCUCCCGCUGCUGCAGCUUACGGCUGUUCAAACAUUCGCGAUCUGUCUUUCUCCUCAGAGCGUCUCACCAAGAAUGUCAGGCGUCUAUGUCUAGGUUUUGUUUAAAGUCUGAAUCUAUUCUCUUUAAGUCUGAGCUCGGUUAUCAAGGAGACCAAGUAGGCAUUUCUCAGUGUGAAUAUCCUUUGAGUAAAGUCAACAUCUGAGUCUUCUGUCUCCGCGCUCGCCUUCAAUCAAUCUCGCGCUCCGGGCACGGGACUAUCAGUGGUCCGCAAUCUCCACAUCUCCUCAGUGGGAAUGGAUACGGCGUCUUUGCUCUCUUUUAAUCGUGAAUGGACCCCAAAAUAGACAAGUUUGGUCGAUUAAUGCUUCUGUUUGUUUUGACCGUCUUUUCCAGUUCUUUGACUGCGUUUUCUUGCUGGUACUAGACCCUAAACUUGUGUUUGGACAGGCAAAGAAAGGGAAAUGAUGGCCAAAGACGGACUGGUUGUGCUGUUAGUUUUGUUGAAUGUGCUUUUUAUCCAUACGGAUGCGUUCAGAAGAGAUACCGCGGAGAGACAGUCGAGAUCCGAGGGGGGGUUCUGCCGGAUCCUGCGGACGCAGACGCGGGGCACUCGGAGAGACGGAGAGAACGAGUUUCGCAUCAGAGUUGAAGGAGACCCAGAAACUUACCAACCCGGGAACACUUACAGAGUGAGUUUGUAUGCCUCCAGCCCAUCUUACUUUCGUGGCUUUACCCUCAUUGCUCUGAAGGAAGGAAGGGAGGGCGUCACUCCUGAUGAUUACGCUGGCACUUUCAAGCUUAUUGAUGAAAGUGACACGCAGUUUAUGACUAACUGCCCCCCGGCCGUCUCAGAGAGCAUUCCCAGAAGACGCACAAGGAUACAGGUGUUCUGGACAGCGCCACCUUCUGGCAGUGGUUGUGUCACUCUCAAGGCCAGUGUUGUACAGCGAAGAAUAAUUUUCUUCCAAGAUGAGGGCUCACUUACCAAAAGACUCUGCGAGAAAGAUCCAGUUGCGAUGACUGAAAAACCCAUGCAAGAGUGCUGUGCUUGUGGAACAGCCAAGUAUAGAGUCACUUUCUAUGGAAACUGGUCUGAGAAGGUGCAUCCCAAAGACUACCCAAGACGUGCUAAUCAUUGGUCGGCUCUCAUUGGCGCAUCUCACUCGAGAAGCUAUAUGUUAUGGGAGUAUGGAGGUUUCGCCAGUGAAGGAGUCAAGCAGGUGGCUGAGUAUGGAUCACCCGUCAAAAUGGAGGAGGAGAUUCGACAAAAGGGUGAUGAUGUUAUGACAGUUAUCAAAACCAAAGCCCAGUGGCCCGCCUGGCAGCCCCUUAAUGUGCGUUCCUCCCCCUCGGCGGAGUUCUCGGUGGAUCGAGCCCGUCAUCUCAUGUCUUUCCUGACUAUGUUGGGCCCCAGUCCGGACUGGAACGUGGGAUUGUCUGGGGAGGACCUGUGCACCAGGGAUUGCGGCUGGGUCCAGAGACUGGUGAAGGAUCUGGUGCCGUGGGAUGCCGGUACUGACAGCGGGGUCACUUAUGAGUCUCCCAAUAAACCCAGCAAUCCCCAGGAGCGGAUUCGACCCCUCACCAGUUUGGAUCACCCACAGAGCCCCUUUUAUGACCCUUCCGGUGGCCCCAUCACACCCCUUGCCCGAGUGGUAGUGGAGAGAAUCGCAAGAAAGGGAGAGCAGUGCAAUACCGUGCCCGACACCAUAGACGAUAUCGUUGCUGAUAUUGCUCAGGAGGAGAAGGAGGAAGCAGACAACACUCCAGAGACGUGCAUCUACUCAAACUGGUCUCCGUGGUCAGCCUGUAGCUCCUCCACCUGUGAUAAGGGUCGACGGAUGAGGCAGAGGAUGCUAAAAGCGCAGCUGGACCCCAGCAUGCCCUGCCUGCAUACCCAAGACUUUGAGCCCUGCAUGGGGCCGGGCUGCAGCGAGGAGGAGGUGUCCACCUGUAUGAUGUCAGAGUGGAUCAGCUGGUCUCCGUGCAGCGCCUCGUGUGGAAUGGGCAUGAGGUCCAGAGAGAGAUAUGUCAAGCAGUUCCCAGAGGACGGCUCCAGCUGCACGCUGCCAACCGAGGAGACAGAGAAGUGUGUGGUCAAUGAGGACUGUUCACCCAGUAGCUGUGUGGUGACCGAGUGGGCUGAGUGGGAGCCCUGCAGCGUGAGCUGUGGAGUGGGGAUGAGGAAGAGAGAGCGCAUGAUGAAGAUGGAGGCCUCAGAUGGCUCGCCCUGUCGAGCGCAGCUGGUGGAGGCAGAGAAGUGCAUGAUGCCUGAGUGCAACGAGGUGGUGUGUAUGCUGUCUCCGUGGUCAGACUGGGGAGAGUGCAGUGUGUCUUGCGGGGUGGGCAUGCGUUCCCGUCAGCGCAUGCUGAAGACGCCUGUAGAGCCCAGCCUGUGUUCAGAUGAACUCGAGCAGGUUGAAAAGUGCAUGCUUCCUGAAUGCCCCACGGACUGCAUGCUGUCGGAGUGGUCGGAAUGGUCCGAGUGUAAUAAGUCUUGUGGGAAGGGUCACAUGAUCCGGUCACGGAUGGUCAAGCUAGAGCCUCAGUUUGGAGGCAUGCCCUGUCCCGAGACGGUCCAGAGGAAGAAAUGCAAGAUCCGCAAGUGCAUGAGAGGUUCCCGUGCCAGCGACAAGAAGAAGAGACAGGAAGCUUCAGACAGGAGGAGAGCAAAACUGAGCAGGGAGUCUGUGGCAGAGGAGAGCUCAGCCUGUCCGAUACGCCCAUGGUCCAGCUGGACGGAGUGUACCAAGCCGUGCAGCGGGGGGAUCCAAGAGCGUGUGAUGGAAGUAAAGAGGAAAGGCAAAUCUUCACAGCCCAACCACUGCAAAAACAAGAAGGAGAUCCACGCGUGCAACGUGCACCCGUGCUAAAAGUGACUCUCUAUCACUGUAAUACAAUCACACACCCCCCAAAACACACUGGCUCAGCCCUUAAAAAGGCUGAUUAUGGCAGAAACAGCGUAGUUUUAACCCAAGGUUUCCGGAAGCGGGACCGGCGAGGGGUGUGUGUGUGUUCCAGCUUGUAGGGUUUUAGAGUAACACACACAUGGACCAGGCCUGUUAUCCGUGAUUAGUUUUAGAUGCCUUCUUAGCGGGCGUAUAUACUGUAUCAAUGUAUAACCGACACUUUUCA